GAGAGGGUCGCCGUGGCCCGGGCAGGGAUUAGUUGGGGCUUGCGGGACCUUGGGCCUGGGCAGUCUUAGGAAACUCCGGCGCGCAGAGAAACAUGGCACUCCCCACGCUGCCCUCCUCCUGGUGCAGCCGGCGGCUCCCAGAUCAGCAGGCCGCCCGACAGCGCCGCCAGGAGCAGGAGGCGCAUCUUCGGCAGCAGUGGGACCAGAACAGCCGCUACUUCCAGAUGUCCGACAUCCGCAGCUCCAAACAGGCAGAGUGGAGCUCCAGGGCCUCCUACCAGCGGAGCAUGCAUGCUUACCAGCGGGAGAAGAUGAAGGAGGAGGGCAGGAAGCGUCUGGAGGCCCGACGGCAGAGGCUCAGGCAGCUUCUGGUGGAGGAGCAGGACUUGCUGGCCAGGCAGCUGGAGGAGCUGAGGCUGAGCAUGAACCUGAGGGAAGGGAGAAUCCGGGAGCAGCACGGGAACCUGAAGGCGGCCCGAGAGGAGCAAAGGAAGCUGAUUGCUGAACGACUUUUGUAUGAACACUGGAAAAAGAACAACCCCAAACUUCGAGAGAUCGAAUCGGACCUUCACAAGAGGCAUGUGAUAAACGCUUGGGAAACGCAGAAAGAGGAAAAAAAAACAGGUGUGCAAGAAGCCGCUGAAGAGGAAAAGGGAAAACGAUUUGAAAAUGAGUAUGAAACGGCCCGCCGGGAAGCGCUGGAACGGAUGAAAGUGGAAGAGGAGAGGAGGCAGCUGGAGAGUAAGCUGCAGGCGGAGGCGCUGCGCCAGCAGAUGGAGGAGCUGAAGGCGAAGGAGAUGGAGGCCACCAAACUGAAGAAGGAGCAGGAGAAUCUGCUGAAGCAGCGCUGGGAGCUGGAGACGCUGGAGGAGGAGAGGAGGCAGAUGGCAGCCUUGCGGCAGAAGGCAGAACUGGGACGCUUCCUGAGACAUCAGUAUAAUGUGAAGCUCAAUAGACGCACGCAGCAGAUCCAAGAGGAACUGGAGGCGGACAAGCGCAUCCUGCAGGCGCUGUUAGAGGAGGAGGAGGAGAACCAGCGUGUGCACCAGGCCCGGCGGGAGCAGGCCCUGGCCGAUGUGGCCUGGAUGAAGCGAGUCAUUGAGGAGCAGCUGGAGCUCGAGAGGGCGCGGGAGGCAGAGCUGCAGAUGCUGCUGAGGGAAGAGGCCAAGGAAGUGUGGGAAAAGAGAGAGGCAGAGUGGGCCCGCGAGAGGAGCGCUCGAGAUCGGCUGAUGAGCGAGGUAUUGACCGGAAGACAACAACAGAUCCAGGAAAAGAUUGAACAAAACCGACGGGCGCAGGAGGAAUCCCUGAGACACAGAGAGCAACUUAUUCAAGAUCUUGAGGCGGCAAGAGAGUCAGCUCGUCGUGAGAAAGAGGAGAGUGAGGAACUGAAAUCGGCCAGGAAGCAGGAGCUGGAAGCCCAGGUGGCAGAGCGGCAGCUGCAGGCGUGGGAGGCAGACCAGCAGGAGAAGGAGGAGGAACAGGAGGCGAGGCGGGAAGAGCAGCUCACGGCCGCCCUGCUGCAGCAGGAGGCGAAGAUGAUGGCCAAGCAGGUCUACCAGCCCAAGCAUUAUGGACAUCCCCGAAUCGCUUGGAACUGACUUAGUUGGUACUGGAAGAACAAAGAGUGAGGAUGGUGAGGUCUCUGGUAUGCUGCUGCCAGACCAUUGUACAGGCUCUGUUCCAGUGUUCAGGUUGCUGUAAAAUAGUUGAGUGAAUGUUCAGGUCCACGAUUAAAUGGCAUGAGGGUCCGGCUGGACUUUAAGCUGUGAUGGCUAUACAGGAGGCCCUUUCCUGCCUUUUUUAUUCCAGAAGGGGACUUCAUAGUCACACGUUGACAGUGGUGUCACAGUCUUGUGAUAUGUUGAUAAAUAAUGUUGGAUUCUAAAUUGGUGCUAGGAGAAAAAUAAAAUAAAAUGAAUUGGUGCUAGGAGUUAUAAGUUGUAUCCCAUGACAGGCUACAGGUUUCCUGUUGUCUCACCUCUAAUUGUCCACCUCCAGUGAGGACUCUUCAUUACAGAUAGGAGACAAGUUUUUCAGUUUUUAAAAUUGCCAUUUAAAUUUGUUCUAUUGAAAACAAAACGUGUGGGUCUUGGUCUAGUUUAUUAUUUUCAGGGUUUAUUAAUUUAGGUCCCCAAACGAUUAUGUCUUGUUUUCUGGAAGAAAAGAACUAUGAACCCUAAGACAGUUUGGUGGCGUCCAUGGAUGCUUUCUGAAAAGGUGGUGAGAAAUGAGUCUUUCCUCGUUUUAGAAGCAUUUUGGUAGAAUUUGCAUAGAGCCUUGUUGAGGGUGAUGGGUGACCCCAACAUGUAUGUAACUGAGCCUCAAAAGGUCACCUGGCUGGCUAACCUUUUGGCAGGACACCUUGGGCCUCUAGUGUCUUGGAUAGGGCUCAGCCAUGUGCAGCCUUUUGAGAUUUAUGUCCCCAGAGGAAGGGGCAUUGAACCUGAAGAAACUAGAUCAGACUCAACUGCAGAUCAGCCAAAAAUGUCUCUUCUCACUGUCCUAUCAAUGUGACA